AUGGAUAGACUCGCCGCAUUUCCGAGACUCCGACCAGCUAAGUUCUCCAGUGCCACUGAACCUAUUGUAGCUGAUGACUGGCUGCGCUCUGUCAACAAGGACUUAGUCACCUGUGAGUGCACGGAGGCUGAGAAGAUUAGGUUCACCGCUCAUUUGCUGGAGGGACCUGCUGCGAUGUGGUGGGAGACUUAUCAACUCACCCAUCCCCUAGAUGACCUGGACUGGGAAACCUUCAAGGAGGGAUUCCGUACUGCCCACAUCUCCUCGGGCAUUAUGAAUCUCAAGAGAGACGAAUUCCGCAGUCUGAGACAGGGAGGGAGGACUCUGAAGGAAUACAUGGAUGACUUCUGUACCCUGGCGAGGUAUGCCCCUGAGGACAUUGACACAGAUGCUAAGAGGAAGGAGAAGUUCCUCAAUGGACUUAAGGGUGAACUGAAGAUUCCAUUGUCGGUAGCUUACGUACCUAGUUACCAGUCCCUACUUGAUCAAGCCAUCACCCUGGACAAUAAUAUCAAGAAGGAGGAGAACCGCAAGAGGAAGUUUAGCAAUAAGAGUCACACUGAGCCGUUCCACAAGAAGCACCAUUCUUCUGAUGGGAAUGGAAGUCACAACUCACACAAGCAUAAUGGUCAUUUCGGUAAAGGGAACGGCAACAACUACAAUGGUCAUGGGCACAAUGAAGGAUUCAAGGGAGACCAUUCCAAUGGAAAUCAAAAUGGAAACAAUAGCCGUCACAAUGGAGGUAACGGACACCACAAUGGAAAUAAUGGCCAGCACCGCCACCACUCAAGAGACUUGUCCCAUAUUACCCGUUUCAAGUGUAAGAAGACUGGACACUUUGCCACUGAAUGCCCGGAGAAUAAGCCUGUGGAUGUUACCAAACCUAAUCCAGUCCAGAAGGGACAGGCGAACCACCUGUAUGUGGAGGAAGUGAUGAAUGAACCUAACACCGUGAUGGGAAAGGAAAGUACGAAAGUAGCCUCCUCCCUGUUUAUUUCUUCCUCACUCUCCUCCCCGUCCGCCCGCUGCAUCUCUCCUCGUAUAUUCUUCUUCUUCUUCCUCCUCCUCCGCGUCCCAAUCUCCAACGAACUCCCCGAAUCCCGACCCAACCCGACACAAAUCUGCUCGCCCGACCCCGAUUCCCCCGCCAAAAUCCAACCUUGCGACCGAUUCGAGGCUCGGCCGCGGGAAUCUGCGCGAGCGGCGCUCUCGGAGAUUUCUGGUGGGAGGAGCUUGGGUUUGCGUUUCGGUUUAGUGUGUGCUGGAGGAGGCUUUCUGCCCGGAAGGGUUCUUGAGUUCAAGGCUCCUUUUUUUGUUCUUGUAUCGGAGAUGCGGUGGCCGUGGCCGCCGGCGGCGAGGAAGUUCAGCGUCCGGCUCGUGGUGCGCCGGGCGGAGGGGCUGCAGGAUGCGGACGCCGAGGCGAGGAUGGCGGUGGAGGUGACCUGGAAGGGCCCCAAGGCGCGGUGGAAGGGCAUCCGGGUCUGCCGCAACCGCACGCGGCUGGAGUCACCGGCGGCGGCGGCGGUGGCGGCCGACGCCCCGUCGUCGUCGUCGGCGCCGGCGACGGCGGUAGAGUGGGAGGAGGAGUUCGAGGAUGUGGUGACGUUUGCCGCGACGUCGCACCGCAAGGCCGCCGCCGCGUUCCAACCAUGGGACCUCUCCUUCUCCGUCCUCAAUGAUUCAAAUAAAGGGCCAAAGAGUGAAUCGAUUCUGGGAACUGCGUCAUUGAACCUAGCAGAUUACACAUCUGCUGCUGAAGAGGAAGUUGAGAUUAUCCUCCCAUUAUCAGUGCCCAAUGGCACACCUGAAUCUUCCCCGUCACUUCAUCUCACUCUGAGUUUGGUGGAACUAAGACUUCCUCAGCAAUCGCCCGAUGCUUCACAGCGUUCUGUUGCUACUGCUCCAUUGUCACCUUCCUCUGGUGACUCGGUCCCUUCUGGAAAAGAUGAGGUUUCUGUCAUUAAAGCUGGACUGAGAAAGGUGAAACAUAUUACAGAUUUUGUGUCAAUACGGAGGUCCAAAAAGGCUAACAGAGAGGACGACAACAGUGAUAAAUAUGUUCACAGUGAUGGCGCCGAAUACCCUUGCACUAUUGACUCUGACUCUGAUAUAGAUGAUAGACAGAGGGAUGAGGACUUGGGUGGCGCAACUGUCAGGAAGUCCUUCAGCUAUGGUUCGCUGCAGUCUGUGAAUUAUGCUGGUGGUCUCUUUUAUGCACAUGCAAGGAUUGAUGGAGAGCACGAGGACUGGAUAUAUUACAGUCACCGAAAAUCGGAUGCCGGUUAUCAAGCAGAGAAAGAAUCAUCCUCCACUGCUGAAGAGCAUACCUCCAUGGUUAUUCGGCGAAAAAGGAGCAUACUUCCAUGGAGAAAAGUCAAAGUGCCGAAGAAAGGCGAACCAUUAUUGAAGAACAAGAAUGGAGAAGAGGGUGGGGAUGAUAUUGACUAUGAUCGACGGAUAUUAACCUCUUCUGAUGGAUCUGUUUCGGAGGGAUCAAAUGGUUCGGCUAACAGUAUGGAGUCAGUAUUUGGUGAUGACAAUUUUGUUGUUGGGAACUGGGAGUCAAAGGAAGUACUUAGUCGUGAUGGCCAUUUGAAGCUUCUCACUGAGGUGUUCUUUGCAUCAAUAGACCAGAGGAGUGAACGGGCUGCUGGGGAGAGCGCCUGCACUGCGCUGGUGGCUGUCAUUGCGGACUGGUUCCAAGCAAACCAGGAGCUGAUGCCAAUCCGCUCACAGUUUGACAACCUCAUCCGAGAAGGGUCUCUAGAGUGGAGGAAGCUUUGCGAGAAUGAGACCUAUCGAGAGCGCUUCCCUGACAAGCAUUUUGAUCUUGAAACAGUACUUCAUGCCAAGAUCCGCCCGCUCACAGUUGCUCCUAACAAGUCAUUCGUGGGGUUUUUCCAGCCUGAAAGUGUGGAGGAUGCCAGUGGAUUUGACUUCCUUGAUGGUGCGAUGUCGUUUGAUAACAUCUGGGAAGAGAUCAGCCGAGCAGCGGAGUGUUCCACUGACAAACCCACCCUAUAUGUUGUCAGCUGGAAUGACCACUUCUUUGUUCUCAAGGUCGAGGCCGACGCAUAUUACAUCAUUGAUACACUUGGCGAGAGGCUGUUUGAAGGUUGCGACCAGGCAUACAUCUUGAAGUUCGACGACAACACUACAAUCCACAAAGUGCCGGCUGAAAAGAAAGAAGCCAGCUCUGAUUCCAGCACACAACAGAAGGAUUCCUCGGAGAGCUCCUCCACCGAGCAAGACAGCGGGACCGAUACCGAGGAGAGUGAGCUGCUCGUGCUGAAGGGCAAGGAGGCGUGCAAGGAGUACAUCAAGAGCUUCUUGGCCGCCAUCCCGAUCCGUGAACUGCAGGCUGACAUCAAGAAGGGGCUCAUGGCGUCGACGCCACUGCACCACCGCCUCCAGAUCGAGUUCCACUACACCGAGUCAUGCCCCAGAGAGAUCACCCUCCCAGCCCCAUUCCCCGCUAUCGAAGCCCCUUUUGAGUUCUCCUGGCCUGAUCCACCGCCCGCCAUGGAGGUUGCCCUGACAUCUGCAGUCGCCGUUGUAUAGUCCCGCCAUGGCAGCUGAGAUCUGCCAGCCCCGACGUUUAACAUACAGAGAGAGCCUCUUUUUCAGGGCGAACCCUGAAGCGAUCCAGAUCGAAGAUCUGGCUUCGUCGUCUUGAGUUUGCACUGUUUGCUGUCUAGUUAAGAUGAAGUGGAACUGACUAGUAUAGGUAACCGAACUCCUU